UCUCCCUUUUUCUGUCUUCAGGCUGCAGUGGGUCCUCCUGCAGAGUGCUAUGGCGAGAUAACCCAUCUUUGACAUCAUGGGCUUCUGGAUACAGCUGGGGCUCCUGCUGUGGAAGAACUUCACCUAUCGCAGACGGCAGACUAUCCAGCUGGGGAUUGAGCUCCUCUGGCCCCUGUUUCUGUUCUUCAUUCUCAUCUCUGUGCGCUGGUCACACCCUCCAUUUCAGCAGAACGAAUGUCACUUCCCAAACAAGCCCCUACCCUCGGCUGGCACCCUUCCCUGGAUCCAGGGGAUCAUCUGCAAUGUGAAUAACCCCUGCUUCCGCUACCCCACACCUGGAGAGACCCCUGGCCUGGUGGGCAACUUCAGCAGCUCAAUACUCUCACGUCUUUUUGCUGACACGCAGAAGAUCCUCUCUCACAGCAGAAGCCAAUCAUUGCCCGGAGAGUUCCAGCAGCUUCUAUUGGCUCUCCAGAGCCUGAGAGAGAGAAGGGAGGCCUGGCCAAAGUCGUCUGUGAGAGAGUUCCUCCGACAGAACGAAACGUUUUCCCAGUUCCUGUUGGAUAAUGCCAGCCUCCCUCGGAAUGUGGUUGACCAGUUGCUGAAGGCGCAGCUCAACCUCCAAGUGGUGUCCCUGGCUGGCUCAGGCCUGCGUCUCCAGGAGGUUGUGUGCAAUGCUUCCCUGCUCGGCGAGUACCUGCUCCCUGCUGAUGGAGCGCCUCUCUCCCUCCUGCAGCCCAGCCUGUGCGCUGUGCCCUCCGCCACCCUGCAGGCGGCAGAGCGAAUCUUUCUGUCUCAGCUUGACUACAGCCGGCUGCUCACCGAGAGACUGAGCACCGAUACUGCGAGCCUCAUGGAAGUGACAGAAGCGGUGAACUCCUUCACCGAGGGAUUGGGGGCCAUUCUGUUAGAGUUGUCAACAUGGAGCAGUUUCUCCCAGCUGAGUGAGGAGCUGAGCAGGCUGUCUCGAGGGAGCACCACUGGCUCUCCGCGUGACCAGUUCAGAGCGGUGUCCCGCAUCGUGUGUGGACACCCCGAGGGGGGAGGGGAGCGCAUCCCCUCACUGAACUGGUACGAGGACAAUGACAUCAAGGCCUUCCUGGGGCGCAGUGACACUGAAGAGAGAGAGGUGCAGCUGGACAACAACACCACCCCAUACUGCAGGGAUCUGAUCCGCGGCCUGGAGUCGAACCCGCUCUCCCGUAUUAUCUGGCGUGGGAUUAAGCCGCUGUUCAUUGGGAAGCUGCUGUACACGCCUGACACGCCAGCCACACGCAGCAUCAUGAAAGAGGUUAACCGGACAUUCGAGGACCUAUCGGUGCUGGGUGAGGUGAAAGGGGCUUGGCAGGAGCUUGGACCACGAAUCAUAACCUUUAUGGAGAGCAGUAUGGAGAUCCAAAUGCUGCAGGACCUGUUGAAGACCCCGGAGGUCGCUGGCCUUGUUGACCUUCGCCUUGCGGACACUUCCUGGACUGCGGCCCGCAUUGCCCACUUCCUGUCCACUAGCCCCCCUGAGGCUGGUUCCAACACUACCUGGAGAGACACGUACCAGGAGGUGGACGAGAUAGUGACCACUGUCUCCCAGUUUAUCCAGUGCGUGUCCCUCAAUAAGCUGGAGGCCGUCCCCACAGAGGAGAGGCUGGUGUCCCGGGCCCUGGAGCUGCUUGAGGAGAGGCAGUUCUGGGCAGGGAUCGUCUUCCAGCUGCAGGACGUCCCGCCCCCCGACCUGCCACCCCACCUCACCUACAAGAUUCGUAUGGACAUCGACGACGUCACUCGGACCAACAAGAUCAAAGACCGGUUCUGGGACCCUGGGCCAGCAGCGGACCCCUUCAGUGACCUGCGCUAUGUUUGGGGGGGCUUCGUGUAUGUGCAAGACCUGGUGGAGCAGGCUGUGACGAGGGUCCUGAGCAGGGGCCGCGCCCCUCGCACUGGGCUCUACCUGCAGCAGAUGCCCUAUCCUUGCUACGUGGAUGAUGUGUUCCUACGGGUGCUGAACCGCUCACUGCCCCUCUUCAUGACCCUGGCCUGGAUCUACUCGGUUGCCAUGAUCAUCAAGGGGGUGGUGCACGAGAAGGAAGCUCGACUCAAAGAGACCAUGAGGAUCAUGGGCCUGAGCAACAUUACUCUGUGGGUCAGCUGGUUCAUCAGCAGCCUUCUGCCCUUCCUGGUCAGCGCAGCCUUACUCAUUUUCAUUCUCAAGCGAGGAGACAUUCUGCCUUACAGUGACCCGGCAGUGAUCUUCCUCUUCCUGGUGACCUUCGCCACGGCGACCAUCAUGCAGUGCUUCCUGAUCAGCACGCUGUUCUCGCGAGCAAACCUGGCGGCCGCAUGCGGUGGCAUCAUCUACUUCUCCCUGUACCUGCCCUACGUGCUGUGUGUGGCCUGGAGGGACCACGUCACCUUCACAAUGAGGAUAUUCGCGAGCCUGCUGUCUCCUGUAGCCUUUGGUUUUGGCUGUGAGUAUUUCUCUCUGUACGAGGAGCAGGGUGUGGGUAUCCAGUGGUCUAAUCUGGGCUCCAGCCCUGUCGAGGGGGAUCGCUACAGCUUCAGCACCUCCAUCCUGCUCCUGUUGGUGGACGCAGUGCUGUACGGCCUGGCUACCUUGUACAUAGAGGCUGUCUUCCCAGGUCAGUUUGGGAUUCCGAAGCCUUGGAAUUUCUUGUUUCUUCGGAGUUACUGGUUCGGGGAGUCUCUCUCAGAUGUUCCCCUGUCAAUUCCACCCACCAACAAGGAAGAAGUGUGUCUGGAGGCUGAGCCAAGUCACCUCCCCCUGGGAGUGUCCAUCCAGAACCUGGUGAAGGUGUACAGCUCCGGAGCCAAGCUGGCCGUCAACGGGCUGAACCUCAACUUCUACCAGGGCCAGAUCACCUCCUUCCUGGGGCACAACGGGGCUGGCAAGACCACAACCAUGUCCAUUCUCACGGGAUUGUUCCCCCCCUCUGCCGGGACGGCCUAUAUCCAGGGAAUGGACAUCCGUACGGAAAUGGACUCCAUCCGGAAAACCCUGGGAAUGUGCCCUCAGCACAAUGUCCUCUUUGACAUUCUGACCGUGGAGGAGCAUGUCUGGUUUUACGGGCGUCUGAAGGGCCUCACCGAGGAGGAGGUGACGGCAGAGCUGGGGCGCAUGCUGGAGGAUGUGGGCCUCCCUCACAAGCGCAGAGAGCAGACCAAAAACCUCUCAGGUGGCAUGCAGAGGAAGCUGUCGGUAGCCAUUGCCUUCAUUGGGGGGUCCAAGGUGGUCAUCCUGGACGAGCCCACGGCUGGGGUGGACCCCUACUCUCGCAGGGGCAUCUGGGACCUGCUGCUGAAGUACCGCAAGGAGCGCACCAUCAUACUCUCAACUCACUACAUGGACGAGGCAGACCUGCUUGGGGAUCGCAUCGCUAUCAUCUCCCAGGGACGUCUGUGCUGCUGCGGCUCGCCCCUCUUCCUGAAGACCCAGCUGGGGACAGGGUACUACCUGACCGCUGUGAAGAGAGACUCGGAGACGAGACCCCCAAACAGUGCCAGCGCCGGGAGCAUCGCCCUCACCAGGGGCAAGAAGGGUGACAGCGAGUCUGACAAGAGUUCAGACACAGGACUGGGCAGUGAGCAGAGCAGUGAGAUCAGCUCGGCCUAUGUGCCAGGCCUGUCUGCUCUGGUGCGGCGCUGGGUGCCGGGGGCUGGGCUGGUUGAGGAUGUGGGCAGGGAGGUGGUGUUUAAUGUCCCGUACAGUGCGGCCCUGGAUGGCAGCUUGGCAGACCUGCUGAAAGAGCUGGACUGCAGGCAAGGGGAGCUGGGCGUCUCCAGCUACGGGGUCUCCGACACCAGCCUGGAGGAGGUCUUCCUGAAGGUGGCGGAGGAGAGCGGGGUGGAUGCAGACCCUGCAGACGGGGUGCUCCCGGAACAGAGAGACCCCGCCCUGCCAGACCCCCAGGAGACAGACAAUGACACUGGAAAGAAACAGCCACGCAAACAAGAGGCCCUGGAGACAGACCUCCUGAUCGGCUGGGCUCUGACCCUGCAGCAGCUGCGCGCUCUCUUCAUCAAGAGGCUCCUGUACGCCCGCCGCAGCCGACGAGGACUCCUCGCCCAGAUCGUUCUGCCAGCUGUGUUUGUGUGCGUCGCCCUGCUGUUCACACUCAUUGUCCCCCCGUUUGGGAAGUACCCCCCUCUAGAGCUGCAGCCCUGGAUGUAUGGAGAUCAGUUCACCUUCUUCAGUGAUGAUGCCCCAGAGGACCCAGGCAACAGAGCCCUGCUCAGCGCCCUGCUGAGCUCACCCGGGUUUGGAACCAGGUGCCUGGCCGAGAAGGAGAGGGAGAGGGGGGAGUCUGAGUGUGAGGGUGGAGUGAGAGAGUUUGUCAUGCCUCCUGUCCCUCCCUCUCUCAUGGAGCUGCUCAGUGCAGGAAACUGGAGCCUGGACAACCCCUCCCCAUCCUGUGAGUGCAGCUCGGAGGAGACGCGCAGGAUGCUGCCCGAGUGUCCGGAGGGAGCUGGGGGGCUGCCCCCCCCACAGGUCAGAAGUAUCACUGGAGACAUCCUGCAGAACUUGACAGGACGCAACCUCUCAGACUACCUGGUGAAGACCUACUCCCAGAUCCUCAGGAAAAGCUUGAAGACCAAGAAAUGGGUGAAUGAGUUCCGGUACGGUGGAUUCUCACUGGGGGCCCGCAGCUCUCAGGUUCUGCCGUCGGUCCAGCAGAUGAACGAAACCGUGCGAGAGAUCAGGGCUCGCCUGCAGCUCACCAAGGGGAGUUCUCUGGACAGACUGUUGGGAAACCUCACCAGGUUCAUUACUGGCCUGGACACACAGAGCAUUGUGAAGGUUUGGUUCAACAACAAGGGCUGGCACGCCAUGGCAUCCUUCAUUAACAUCAUCAACAACGGAGUCCUGCGAGCUAGCCUGCCCCCUGGCACAGACCCCCGCCUCUACGGGAUAACUGCUCUCAACCACCCCCUGAACCUGACCAGGGAGCAGCUUAGCGAAGUGGCGCUGAUGAACACCUCUGUAGAUGUCCUGGUGUCGAUCUGUGUGAUCUUCGCCAUGUCCUUCGUGCCGGCCAGCUUUGUGCUCUUCCUGAUCGAGGAGCGGGUCAGCAAGGCCAAGCACCUGCAGUUUGUCAGCGGGGUGAAGCCCAUCAUCUACUGGCUGGCCAACUUCUCCUGGGACAUGUGUAAUUACUCCGUGCCUGCGACACUGGUGGUGAUCAUCUUCAUCUGUUUCCAGCAGAAGUCCUACGUGUCUCCCACCAACCUGCCUGCUCUGGUGCUGCUGCUGUUUUUUUAUGGCUGGUCCAUCACUCCUCUGAUGUACCCGGCCUCCUUCCUGUUCAGCAUCCCCAGCACUGCCUACGUGGUGCUCACCUCACUGAACCUCUUCAUCGGGAUCAACGGCAGUGUGGCUACCUUCGUCCUGGAGCUCUUCACAGACAAGAAUCUGAACGACGUCAAUAACAUCCUGAAGAAAGUCUUCCUGAUCUUCCCCCACUUCUGCCUGGGCCGGGGGCUGAUUGACAUGGCCAAGAACCAGGCCAUGGCCGACGCCUUCCAGAGAUUCGGUGCCAGUCACACGCUGUCUCCUUUGGCGUGGGACUUCGUUGGGAAGAACCUGUUUGCCAUGGCCGUGCAAGGGCUGGUCUUCUUCCUCUUCACAAUCCUGCUGCAGUACAAGUUCUUCAUUAACUUCAGGCCCUUCUCUGUGAAGCUGCCCCCUGUUGGUCAGGAGGAUGAAGACGUGGCCCGAGAGAGAGAGAGGGUCAAGAGCGGCCGAGCGAAGGGGGAUAUCCUAGAGGUGAAGGAGUUGACCAAGGUGUACAGGCUGCAGAGGAAGCCCGCUGUGGACAGGCUGUGUCUGGGGAUCCCGCGAGGGGAGUGUUUUGGGUUGCUGGGUGUCAAUGGAGCUGGGAAGACAUCCACGUUCCGCAUGCUGACUGGAGACACCACAGUCACCAGUGGAGAGGCCUUCCUGAACCAGUGCAGUGUCCUGACGAAUCUGCAGGCUGUGCACCAGCACAUGGGAUACUGCCCGCAGUUCGAUGCCAUCAGUGACCUGCUGACCGGCCGAGAGCACCUGGAGUUCUACGCACGACUGAGAGGCGUGCAAGAGGAGGACGUGAGCAAGGUGGCACUGUGGGGCAUCAGGAAGCUGGGUCUGGUGCAGUAUGCAGAGCGGCCUGCUGGGAAAUACAGCGGGGGAAACAAACGCAAGCUGUCCACAGCCAUCUCCCUGAUUGGAUCCCCACCUGUUGUCUUCCUGGAUGAGCCCACAACGGGCAUGGAUCCCAAAGCCAGGAGAUUCCUGUGGACCUGCAUUCUGAAUGUCAUCAGAGAGGGGCGCUCUGUUAUCCUCACCUCCCACAGCAUGGAGGAGUGUGAGGCUCUCUGCACCCGCAUGGCUAUCAUGGUGAACGGACGGUUUCGCUGCCUGGGCUCAGUCCAGCACCUCAAGAACAGGUUCGGAGACGGCUACACCAUCAUCCUGCGUCUCUCCGGGCUCUGUCAGGAGCCCUGCCCAGUGGAGGAGUUCAUGAGCGUGGCAUUCCCUGGGAUCGAGCUGAAAGAGCACCACCAGAACGUGCUGCAGUACCAGCUGCCCUCCGGUGCCUGCUCCCUGGCCCGCCUCUUCAGAGUCCUGUCCGAGCAGAGAGAAAGGCUGGGCAUCGGGGACUACUCAGUCUCCCAGACCACCCUCGACCAGGUGUUUGUAAACUUUGCUAAGGAUCAAAGUGAUGAGGACCAGCUGAAAGAGGUGGUUGUGAAUGGGGUGGAGAACUCCAAGAACUCCAAACGCAUCACCUUGUUCCUGGAGGACACUACUGUUCAGGAGAGCCGGCUGUGAGGCCGGCUAUGAUGGGCAGACAAGGGGCUCCCCCAAGCCUGAGGACCCCAGGAAAUGAUAUUGCACAGCUGGGAUUUCAAUCAGAACUGAGCACUCCAGAUUGUCAGAACUUGUGCUAUUCGUGGGGCAAUCCUGGUACUCUACAUAGGUGCUGUCUGAGCUGGCUCUUGCUUUUGGUGUCAAGAUUACCCUGGUUCAAUUCCUACGACCAGAACCAAUCCCCUGCAUUUGAUAUGAAGCUGUUGGCGCGAUCUAAUUUUUGAAGAAUUGUUCUGUUGCAUUGGCAGUUAUCUUUGUUAUGUUGAUGUUAUCUUUAAUAUAUACUUUCAUAAUACACAAACAAUAUAAUACAUUGCUCUGGUGCAAACUCCCCCCAGUGAUGUAACUGCCUCAAUUGUUCUAUUAAAAAAACAAACACGUCUUCAUCAGAACUUAGCCCACAGUACAAAUGCAUUCAGUACAACUCAUAAGCAAAAGUAACAUUCUAUGAACACACAACAAAUAUCCUAAAAACUGAUUUUUUUUUUUACCAUCUGUUGAUUACAUCUGCCAUCAGAGCAAUCGCAUGACCUUAACAACACUGACGCAUUGCUAGAGCGCUUGCUCUGCGCCCUGCCCCUCCACAUAGACAAUCUGUUAGCUGUGAUUUGCAGAUUUGGGUUUUCAUUGACAAAAAGGCUGGGCCCGGGUGCAGUUGUGUUUCUUGCACCCCCCUGACGCCAGCCCUGUACGUAGAAUAUAAAUAACUAUAAUAGCACAAUACAUAUAAUUCACGCUGUACGGUGAAUGAUGGUGAGGGCUCUCUAUGUCAUUGUCUCUGUCUUUAUACUUAUUGGUACCUCUUGGAGGUUUGGUUUAGGUCUAGUCCUACUGCUUAAGACCCUGGUGGCUUCAUUUGUCAAAUACUCUAAUACAAACUGUCAUAUUUACUUCAAGCCCAACAUUUUUGCUCCAGACCCUACCAUGUACAAAGUGAUGCACCAAAAACAAGCAAUGUACAGAUCAGUCCAGCAUGUACUGUAGACAGGAGGACACUGUGGUACUGCACCGGAAACACAGGACAAUAAGUUCCAUUUAAUGAAGGCACAAGGCCAGAUUUAUCCAAGUCUUUCAACAGAAAUGACCUUUGCACUAAAGCACACAUUUAACCUUACAAAAGUAGUAAUUAACAACAUGCAAACUUCUGCAGUGCUUUUACUAGUUCAAUUUAAUAAAACAAUUUUAAAGGCAUUUUUGCGUAAAGACUUUGAUAAAUGUGGCCCAAAGUGUUUAUUUAAAAAAUGCUUCUCUGGCGCUCUAGUGAAGUCAGAGAGAUGGGGGAGGGUUGGUAUUGGAUGUAGAGAAGGGGUAACAGGGUAAGGGAUAUCUUACUACUCUGGAGACAAGUUACCUGCAGCUUCUUGAAAAUAUUUGCUUUUCUUUGACUCAGUAUUUGAGAUAGCACUACAUUUAAGUUAUUACUGGAUAAAGCCGAUACUGUCAUAUACACUGUCCUCAAAAAGCUGUGGGAUUUCAAUGCAGUAAAUGUAGAAUGGCCAGGUCUGGGGUAUUUAGGGUACUCCACUCAGCUCAGACUCCUUGCUCACUAAAUAUCAAGGUAUCCCAGUAUUGAUAAACCAUCCCCGUUUGAAAUCUGUUACAUGCAAGAUAUUUUAUUGUGGGCACUGUCUCAUUAGUCAGUGAAUGUAUACAAAAGAUUGUCAAGAUUUGGGUUAUGUGCUACAGGCAAUAUAUAUCCGUCCCGAUUUCGCAAUACUGACUGGAUCAGGAAACUUCUAUUAGAACAGGAGUGAUCAAUGACAGUCCUAGAGGGCCACGCCACUCUACGUUCAACAGGCAACAUGAGAUAAUGAACUGUGCUAUCGCUUGCAUGUUUUAAUUAGUUAAUUUAAACUAUUAAGACCAGGAUUGUAACAGACUGGAAGGGCCACCCCUGCAUUAGAAGCUUAGAUUCAAAAAUCAAAACCAUGUUUGAAAACGUUUAAAAGACCAGAAUCGCUGUUUAAACGUAUAGGUAUCCUCCCUAACCAUUUCCCACUGUGAUCAAGCUCUUGCUCACAGUGUGUGUGUGAGAGAGAGAGAGAGGGAACCAGAACCAGGCUUGGAUACCGAAGCGUGAGUAAGCAAGUCAAACCCGCCGAUAGGCAGAGUUCAUUUAUUAUUGAACAGAGAAGAUUAGUUCAGAGAGUGUAGCUCCUAUCAAAGUUUACACUGUGUUCUAUGCACUCCAUGCGCUACCAUUGCUGGUAAUGUCAUGUGAGCAGUUUAGUGUGUUGAUUUGAUAUGUAAUUAAAUCCUGUUUGCCUGCGGGGGGCGUAUCGACUUCAACCUCUGUCUUGAUCUCCUGCCUGUCACUCAGCAGUGAAUGCACGCACCCACACGGCAGACAGCUACUCCGUCACAACAUACCCUGUAUCUCUCUAAACAAGGGAUUUAGGGGGGUUCCUUAAUAAAAGCUGAAUCUCAAAACAAUAAUUGUGUAAAUGUAAUAAUCAUUGUUACAGCUUAGUAUAAUGAUAUCUAAAACAGGAUUCAUUUAUCCCAUGUAGCCAAAGGUUUUGCAUCGGCCUAUAGCAUGAACUGAUUUUUCUUCAUGAAGUCAAAUGAAACAAUGUUACUUUAACAUAUUGAAUUCUAUGCUGCUUUGCAGCUUUCCAUAUA